AAAAUUCUUGGUAUGAUGAAGUUGUUGUGCUCGGUUCUCAUCGCGGCCGCAUUUAUCGUUGCCAUUGCUUCGCCAAGUGAGGCUGCGAUCGGGUGUGGUGCAGUGGUUUCGUACCUCAAACCAUGCCUCCCCUACGUGACCGGGAAGGGUCCCCUAGGGGAAUGUUGUGGCGGCAUAAAUGGUCUCUAUGACUCUGCCAAGACGACGCCAGACAAGCAGAGCGUUUGCAACUGCCUGAAAUCCCUUGCCAGCUCAUACCCUGACGCCGACCUCGGCAAGGCCGCUGGCCUCCCCAGCCAAUGUGGUGUCAAUAUUCCGUACAAGAUUAGCCCUUCCACCGAUUGCUCUCAGGUGCAGUGAGCUUUGAUCACAUGAAGCAGAUUUGCGUUUUCUUCCGACUACAGAAUAACAAUGAAUAAAACAAGGCUUUAUAUAGCUUUUACUGAUUGUCCUCUUUAAUGUAUGUUUGAUAGCUAUGUUUUCUCAAGAAUAAUGGUAUUACUAUUUAUUUCCCUUACUA